UCGUCAUGGAAUAUUUGCAGUUUGUUUCGAAAACAAAUCAGAAUAAUGAAAUAAAUACUAGCAAGAUUCAAAAGCACAACUAUCAUAACAUGAGUGAGUGUGACGAAAAUCGGUUAAGACGAUGCAAUUCCCUCCAUCAAUAGCAGUGUCAAAACAUUCAGCCCGAGAAACUUUGAAGUUCCGUGCCGUUGACAGCUCUUUUGUAGAGCCGGCAUUUGAAGUGCAUUGUGGAAUGUUUUGACGUCCCGUUCCGUCAACUGUGAUUUAAUCGACGUUACCCUGAAACGGACACUACAGAUUAAUUAUACCAAGAAAAGCCAUUAUUAUACAUGGAGUCAUCGCUUCUUGCAUGUCCCAUUUGUACUCAGCCGGGCUUCAUUAACGUCGAUUCUUUGUGUCAUGGUCUUUUAUAUGCUUCGACGAGAGAGUUCCUCUGCCCUGUCUGCAAUGAUGUUUUGAGAGGGCUCGAUAAAUUUACAAUACAUCUAUUUAGCCAUUCCAUACUUCGUGGGCAACAUAUAAAAGGAGUUCAGUCAUCUGCCUCAACAGAAGAGCAAUCUGUAUUAUCAUCCAAAGUCGCUGGGCCUUUAUCCUUAAAUUUAAAGAAACCAUUAAUCAUUUGCGAUUCAUUUGCCGACAUUCGUGUAUCUUCACCAGUUCACGAAGAUAGCAGACAGCACAAAGAGGAAGAGAGUUCACGGACCACGUGUAAUAUACACAAUUUGACAUUUGAACACGGUGACUGUGUCCGUGAAGUGUGUACAGCCGUCGACGAUAGGAGUGCUGUUGAUGAUGCAGAAGUUGGGAGUACGUCUGAAAACACGCAAGUAGGAAGCAGUUGUGCGAUAAUCAGCAAUAACGAAGCGAGUAUUAAAGAGUUGAGAGAGUCAGAAACGCCUCCGACGGUCACUCAAAGCUUCCAGCAAAAUAUUUACAACUUGCUUCCCUCUGAAGGUAAAAGAGUGUGUGCUGACGAAAUUGCGAUACCGACAACCAAAGUAACUGACAGCGAGUCCACCACAGAGAAACGUCCGUCCAACGGAAUAGCGAAUCAAUUUGGGUCUUCAGGACACUGUACUAAUAGCUCUGCAGUUUGCGAGAUUUGUCAGUUCUCAUUUACUGAAGAUACUAUUCUGGAAAUGCAUAAGCAAUUGAUUCAUUCAGAUCUGAGCCCCAGAAGCAGUGAUUCAGUUUUAGAAUCUGAUAAUGCAGACGUUGGCGAUGUGAAAAACUAUCCUUGCCGUCUGUGUCCUAAAUCAUUCAGAAUGAAAGGGAGUCUAAUGGUGCAUGUUCGGGUAGCUCACAAUGGUUUCCCAGCAGGAAGACUGGAGACAUUCAGUCAGCGUGAGCAACGUGCCAAAGAUGAUCGAAGUUACACUUGCAGUACAUGUGACAAAUCUUUUAAGAAGGAAAAUCAUCUGACACAGCAUAUGAAGACACAUGAUGGAAAACAAUGGGCUUGUGAUGUAUGUAGCAAGCUAUUCACAACAAAAUAUUUUCUUAAAAAGCAUAAAAGACUUCAUACAGGUGAAAUGCCAUACAGAUGUGGUAUAUGUGAUAAAACAUUUACAUUCCAACAGUCAUAUCAUAAACAUUUGCUGUACCACAGUGAUGAGAAGCCACACGUUUGUACUGAAUGUGACAGAGCCUUCAAGGAGCUUUCAACACUCCAUAACCAUCAGCGAAUACACACGGGAGAGAAGCCAUUUGCAUGUGAAACAUGUGGCAAAUGCUUCCGUCAACGAGUGUCUUACUUAGUACACCGUCGUAUUCACACAGGUGUUAUGCCUUACAAAUGUACUGCAUGUGGAAAAAAUUUUCGAUACAAGGUCAGCCAGAGAACACACAAAUGUUCGUCCCAGCCACCAGGAACAGUAGUGAGGCAGUCAAGUGACUUGGUGCAGAAACUCCGACAAGCUGUUGAGGUCAAACCAUUGCAGGAAAAACACAUUGUCACAAAUGGUGUAUUGGCUGCAAAUGUUAAAGAAGGAUGCAGUGUAUUAGAAAAGCACCACACUUGGAGCAAAGAGACACAGCUGGUCAAGAAGCAACAAAAUAAUGACUAUAUCAUUCUGGCGAACAGUCACAUUCAAUCUGCAUUGUCGCAUGAUGUUAUGGUAGAUUCUUCUCCCAUACUUUGGAUAACGGGAGAAGUUGAAAAAUCACAGACAAAGGAUACAGGUCUAGAAUCUUUGCAUAUGCCACAGAUAGUUAGUUUAUGUGAUACAAAGCUACAAGAAACUGUUACAAGAAGUUAUCCAUUGAAAUAUAGUCCAGUUAAUAAAACUAUGGGUAAUGAUGAAAUUUUUUAUGAAGAAAUAUGCAAGGAUGAAAAAGAUACUAAUUUUGUAAAUCAAAGUAAGCCUGCUAACACUACUGCUACUAAAAUGUAUAGCACCAAGCUAAAAAACACACACAAUAUAUCCCAUAUUAAAGAAUGUCCUUCCUCUAAAUCAUCAGAUAUGUUAAAUAUAGUUAUGUCAUCUCAGUCACAAUCUGAAGCUUCUAAGAACCCAGGAGUAUUUCAUGAAAACAAUGAUCCAUUCACACUGAAUAUUCCAAUAGUAUUUAACACUAGUGCUGAAUCUGUGUAUCUUCCUAAUGAUAAACAAAAUAUUUUAACAAGCUGUAAGUCAGAAAAUCCUGAUUUAGGAAAUAAGUCAGGUGUGUAUAUUGGUAAUACUUGUGGUGCUGCAGUUUCAAAGUCAAAAUUUACUCAAGAAAUUGAUUCAGGAACUCGUGAAGCAUCAAAAUGUAUGUCUCCUCCACAGCAAAUGUUAACUUUGAAUGAAGAAUCUCUUAAUCUGUUUUAUGACACAGAUAUAUAAAGUAUAGUGUCUUUUUAUUUGUUAUGAUAACUACAUGUUUUUAUCACUUACAUGUUCAGAAAUAUGUGUGACAGUGUUCUCUUGCAUUGUUUAGGAAUAAAGAGCAUUCAUAGUAAGUACCAUUGAAUAUGUUGCUGGUUUACUUUUUGAAAAACAACACUUUAAGUAAUGCUAUUUAUUUGGGACUGUGUUAUGUUGAAUGUCUAUGGGUAGGAACAGUUGUAAACAUUUAAGAGAAAAAAAAAUAGAUGUGUAAUUCACAAGUAAUUUGGUUGUGGUGGUGAUAUAAAUAUUUAUCUGGAAGCUAUCUCAUGUUGUAAUUAUUCCUAUUGCAUGUUGGGAAAAUUGUCAUUCUUUCCAGUAUGGAUUGUGGCUCUUUUUCCAUUUGAUAUGAGGGGGUAUGGAUUUGUACACUCAGCUGACUUCACACACUACUUGUCAGGACUAUGGAGACACUGGCUCAGUGAGGUACAGAAAUACGCAAAUGCUUAUCUGUCACAACUGUGUCUGACAAUCUAGUACUGAAUAAUUUCGAUUUGUCAAGACUCCAUUUUGAGCCAGAAAAGACAUAUUUCGCAUCGAAACCACACAAGUUAAAAACACUUUUGUCCAAGCAGGCAGCCAGUGACAUGACUCUACUUUCAAUGUGUGUGUGGAGGUACUUGCCACAAGCGUAUGUUGAGACAUAGUAUAUAGCAUUCCAAGAC